GUACUCCAAUACUUUAAGUCAAGUAAAAAAUUGACUCAACAACUUUCACUUGUAUUUGUAAUUAUAAUAUUUGACCAGGACUAUCUAUAAGUUGAUUUAAGUAAUGGAGAUGUGUACUUUGUCACAUCUGGUGAUUUUGUUUUGUUAGAUCUAGAAGGUGAAGUUGUGAAAUUUCAAUUUAUCUUCAAAUGAUAAAUUUUUGUCCUGAAUUUUAAUUUAUCUUGAAUAUAUUUUAAUUUAUCUUAAUUCACAUCCAACUGGCAAAUACCAACAAACACUUGGUACUCAUGUAUUUGCAGGUAAAUAUUUAAAGGUUACGUUAAAAACACCUUUUUGGCUACAUAAGAACAGCCUAUUAUCAAUUAUGUAUCGAGAUAUUCAUUUCCAUUUACUGUUUUUGUUUUGUUUUGCCCUUAUUUUAAUUUUUUUUUCGCUCCUGGAUUUGCAGCGCCCUCGCGAGCCUAGCAACCAUACUGCUACCGUUACCACAGCAACCGGUGAAGUUUGGUUCUAUGCUACCACUCAGUGAGGCUGUUAAGGUUAGCUAACCUGUUGCUGCCGUUGAAAGAUAAACGUUCAGACACGGAUUUAGAAAAAACAGAGAAACGAUGGACACUGCGGACGGAAACCAAGACAGCAGUCAACAGAGACGACACUCUGCCGCCUCCUUCAAGGCUUUCAUGAUGAAAAACAGCACGAAAAGCAACCUGAACCUCUAUGACCACCUCACCUGUUUACUAAUAAAGGUGCUGGAUGAGGAACCACAGAACGUGGUGGACGUGAUCGAGGAUAUGAGCCGUGAUGUGAAGCGGGAUUUAUUUGAAGACAAGCAAAGCUCUCUGCGAGAGCUCCCAGAGGCCACAGCUGCUGAGCUGCUGGCUGAACAGCAACGGCUGCUGUUUUCACAGCCAGAAGACGCUGACCAUGAUGAUGAACUGGUGGAAACACCUCUUCCUAAUGUGAGUGAGAUUUGCUUCUACAUGGAGCAGGCUGGAGUGGGUCUGGGCAGAGAGGAGAUGCAGAGGAUCUUUCUUGCACUCAAGCAGCUUGUCGAGUCGCAGGCGCUCCUGCGCUGCCGACUGUGGGGCAAGAUUCUGGGAUUGCAGAGCAACUAUAUUGUUGCUGAAGCUGAGUACAGAGAGGGCGAUGAAGUGGAAGAGCAAAUGGUUGAUGAAGCGGCUGUGGAAGAGGAGACAGAGGCUGAGGUUCAGGAGAAUGAGAUGGAUCCACUUCCUCUGUCAACCUACAAACCCCCGCCAGUGGUGCCGAAGGAUGCCAUAGGAACAGGAGCUAACAAGUUUGUUUACUAUGUGUGCAAAGAGCCUGGUCUUCCUUGGGUAAAGCUCCCUCCAGUCACUCCCGUGCAGAUCACUGUCGCUCGCCAGAUCCGUAAAUUCUUCACCGGGAGGCUGGACGCACCGGUCAACAGCUACCCGCCUUUUCCCGGGAACGAAGCCAACUAUCUGAGAGCACAGAUUGCUCGGAUCUCCGCCGGCACACAGGUCAGCCCCCGGGGCUUUUACCAGGCUAGGGAGGAGGAAGGUGACGAGGAAGAGGAGGCACCAGGGGACACCUAUGAAACGAAUCCUGAUUUUGAGGGCGUUUCAGUCUCUGAGAUGGCUGAGUCUUUGUCCUCGUGGGUGCAUCAUGUUCAGCACAUCCUGCCGCAGGGCCGCUGUACUUGGAUAAACCUGGCUGUGAAACCAGGAGAAGAGUCGAACGAGGACGGAGAGGUUGAGGAGAAAGAAGAGGAGCCUGAUGAGCCUGAGCCAGAAGUUGGACCCCCCCUGCUCACUCCCCUCUCCCAAGAUGCAGAAAUAUUCAACAUCCCUCCCUGGACCUCCAAGAUGUCCUCCACUCUCACCUCUCAGCAUGCAGUCGCUGUGCUGCGUUCUAACCUCUGGCCGGGAGCGCACGCAUAUGCUUGUGGAAAGAAGUUUGAGAACAUAUAUAUUGGAUGGGGUCUGAAGUAUGCAGGAGAAGGCUACCGCCCGCCCGCCCCCCCGCUGCCACAGAAAGAACAUCCCAGCGGACCAGAAAUCACAGAGGCCGUGGACCCAACACUGGAGGAGGAGCAGGCGCUGAGAGAAGCUUUAGAGGAGCAGCAAGCUGCCCAGGAGGAGAUGGAGGACACAGACCAAGAGGAGGAGGAAGAUGAUGACUAA